AGAAGAAGCAAACUUGAAAAUGCGAAGUAAACAAACAGUUUUCACUCAAAAUAAAGUACUUUACUGUCAAGUGAUCAAACGGAAAACAACAAUAAAGCCAGAACCACAAUCCUAGCAAUGAAACCCGCUGCGAUUCCGGCGAGUGAGCGGCGUCUGGCCUUCGUGGCCGAGUGGUACCACGCGGAGGCGGGAAUCAUCAGGACCUUCUUGAUAACCUACUAUGUGUCCGACAAGGCAGUGGAAGUGUUUGACCAGCGAAACAAGCGCACCUUCCUGCGGCGCACCAAGAUCCCGGAACUGACGCAGCGUGACUUCUUCGUGGGCUCCAAAAUCAAUGUGUUUGGCCGGCAGUUCGAUAUAGUGGACUAUGCCGACGACACGACGCGCUCCAACCUGGCCAGAUACCGCAAAAAGGGCUUCGUUCUGCUCAAGAACAAUAUGUGGACCAAGCAUCUGGGCAGGUUUAUCAAAACGCUGAUCGAGAACAAGAUCAACAUAAACCAGGGCAUGAUGGUUCAGUUCACUCCCAAGAUGGUCACUCAGUUUCUGUCCGGCAAGGACAAGACGGAUGUCUCCUCAUCAGUGCUGAUGAACGAGUUGCUGGCGGGUCCUGGCAUUAGCCUGGAGCUGAUUGGCGACAACGUGGUGGAGACCAUCAAGGCGUGCGCUCGAUACAAGAACUCCGAACUGGAGGCACAGGACUCCAGUGUGAAGCUGUCGCCCAGCUUGGAGGAGCUGCUGGAGAGCGAGGAGAUCCGCUUCGGUUUCUACUACUCUGACAACGACGAUGACGUUGACAUGGACCUCAAGUUCUUCUUCGAGGCGAGGCACAGCGUCAUCAAGGAGUGUGUGUUCAAGAACACCACACUGGCCAUCAUUAAGCCGCACAGCAUCAAGGACGGCCUGCUGGGCGACAUUAUCGGUGAGAUUUUGGCCAACGGUUUUCGUUUGACGGCCAUGCGUAUGAUCCUGAUGGCCCGCGUCAACUGCGAGGAGUUCUACGAGGUUUACCGCGGCGUCCUGCCCGAGUAUAUACCCAUGGUGGCCCAGCUGGCCAGCGGGGUGUGCAUGUGCAUGGAGAUCGCCUGCGCCAAUCCUGAGUUGAAGGCCCAUCAGGAGUUCCGCAACUUCUGCGGACCAAUGGAUCCGGAGAUUGCCAAGCUGCUACGACCACACACACUGCGUGCCAAGUUUGGGAAGUCCAAGGUGCAGAACGCCGUCCACUGCACGGAUCUGCCGGAUGACACCAACUUGGAGCUGCAGUAUAUGUUCAAGAUCAUCGACUGAUUCAACCACUGGUUGCUUAGCUUUUGUUUAUUUUCAGUUAAAUGCGUGUUUGCCUGUGUGCGUGUAUCAAUAAAUUACAAGUGCAAUGGGAA